AUGGGCAACAAGCAGAGCCACCCGCCCAACGUCUGCGCCAGCCCGGUCAGCGCGAACCCAACCCAGCCAAAGCUCUCGGAGCGCGACGUCACCAACCUCAGCAGACUCUACGGCCACGAUAACGAGCUCCUGCAGCUCAUGUACGCCGCCGAGUUGCUCCGCGACUGCGCCAAGUGCGUCCGGGACGACGCGAGGUCCUACUUCCUCCACGCGCAGCACGCGUGCGACAAGCAGCGGGAGUUUGGCGCGAGGCUGCGGACGUUGGCGGAGAGGGCCGAGAGGAGCACCAAGGGAAUCAUCCACGUGCCCUCGGGCAACAACGCCACCCCGGGGUCAUCGUCCGCUCCCGUCCCGGAAGCCGCGGUGGUCGCCGCGAGCCCGCCUUCCGCGACGUCGCUCGAGCAGCCCUUCCUCGAGGACGACGCCGACAGCCACCCGCUGGACCUGGCGCAGCCGGGGGUGACCGAACCGCUGCUGGAGGAGGUGCUCGGGACGACUCGCAUCGUCAGCAGACUGGCGAACGCGCAGAUGGACGGCGCGGAGAGAUACGCGCAGUUCGUGGCGAUGUUCACGCACAAGCUCGACGAGAUGGCGCGCAAGGUGGAGAAGGCGCACUCCAUGAAGCUCGAAAGGCACGCCCCCUCCGCGUUGGCGCACGAGAAGGCCUUCAACCACAUCACCGCACCCGAGUCCAGGCUCCGCCACCUCAUGCACCUCCCCGAAAACAAACGCAACGACGACGUCGAGAAGAAAAUCGACAUGGCCGAGGUGGACCUGGAGAAGCGUCGCGCGCAGCUCGAGGCGACCUCGCGCAUGCUCAAGCGCCGCGCCAAGGUGUUCCUCAACAAGUUCACGCCGCACGUGACCGACGCGGUCCGGGCGUUCACGUUGUGCCAGCACCGGGCUCGCUUGGAAAACGCCGAAUUACUCGAAAACGUCGUCGCCGCCGACCCGGUGGAACGGCUUCGGACCGUCGAACACUCGCGCGAGAGGUGCGCCUGGUUCAUCGACACCGAGGACAGCGAUUGUCCGUACGUGGCGCUGGACGCGUCCGUGUCCUCGCCGGACGUGACCCCGCCGGGGAGCGGUGGAGACGCGAUGAACGGCGGCGGCGCGUCGAGAACCGAGCGAUCACUCGCGGCCGAGCAAACAGCAGGUGACGCACCUCAGAUGUCGUUCUUCAAGUGCUUGGAGUAUCAGACGACCUUGAUGGUGCUGACUCAUCUGCUGUUUGGGGUUUGCGUACAAAUCAGACAGUUUCACCGCGUCGCGGUUCAGUGCGUCAGCUGUCGAAAUAUCCAGUCAACGGCGACGAGGCGAUUCCGACGAGACAAGCACCUCGGAUUCAUCAAUCUCGUUCCCACGAAACGGACUAUUCACAAUAACCGGCGUCACCCAGCCACACACGCGCCACCCCCAGGGCUCGUUCCUUCGCCGCCUUCUACGUUUACCGUCGCGAUGGAAAAGUCAUCGACCCGCGCGACGCUCUCCGACGCGCCUUGGCAUCCCCACCUCGUGUGGUGGUGUCGCAUGGGAGUCCGAUACGGCUCCCUCCUGCCCCUGUUCUUCCUCGGCGUUCUCCCCCUCGCUCGCGUCGGAGUGACCUGCGUCUACGCCGCGUUCGUGGGGCUGACGUGCGCUAUGCCGUUCAUGGUGACCCUCGCGUGGCUCACGUGGCGCGAGUUCGACCAUCCCGCGCCCGCGACGCGCCGCGAACCGCGCGCGGGCGAACCCCACCCGCCGCGCGACCCCUCAGCUCCCCGCUCUGAGGAGGAGGAGGAGGAGGAGGAGGAGGAGGAGGAGGAGGAGAACGACGUCGGCGAUGCCACCGCCCCCGUGCGCACGGUCGCCGUCAUCGGCGGCGGCGCCGCGGGCCUCGCCGCGCUGCGCCAGAUGCUCGCGCACGGCAUGGACGCGGUGCUCUUCGAGCGCACGGACGACGUGGGCGGGCUCUGGGACUACGCGUCUCCGGAGCGAAGCAAGGUUUUCCGAAACGUGCUCCAGAACGUGACAAAGACCCACAACAGGUUCGCGGGGCACCACCCGCCCGAGGACUGGCCGAUAUACCUCGGGCACGAGCACACGCUCCAGUACCUCAGGUCCUUCGCGGAGAAGUUCGGGCUCAUGGACCGCGUUAGGCUUCGAUCGGAGGUGACGUCGUGCGUCGAAACCGCAAACGGGUUUGAGCUCGUGAUUGAAACCGAGGAUACGCAACCGGCUACGCAAAAGACAUCGCCGCGCGCCGAGAAGCGAUCACGCUCGAUCCGCGCCGCCCAAUCAGCCGCCGCCACGACGACGAUACCCUCGACCGUGAGGGUGUCGAGGACCGAGGUAUUCGACGCCGUGUGCGUGUGCACCGGCCAGCUCGCGGAGCCGUCCGUGCCGGACGAUUUGAUCAAUUUGAAAGAAGCGUUCACCGGAGCCGUGGUGCACUCGUCCGAAUACAGGGACCCGAGGGACCUCGCCGAGGCUCGCGUGCUCGUCGUGGGUACCGGCGCGGCGUCGGGCUCGGACAUCGCGCAGGACGCGUGCGCUUUGGCCGAGAGCGUCACCGUGUCGGUCCGCACGCACCGGUGGAUGAUCCACAGGGGACUGACGCAGGGCGCGCCCACCUUACUGGCCAGGACCUGUUCCGCCAUGCCCGCGUGGUUCGGGUCGUUACUUGCGCUGUACGCGGAUUGGGUACCGUUCUUUUUCACGCCCGGCAUGACCGACUCCAGGGACUUCCUCAACGCGGUCGCGCUGGGCAGGAUAACGCUCAAACCGACGAUUUCCGAGGUGAACGGAUCCACGGUGACCUUCACCGACGGGACGUCGAAAGACUUCGACGCGAUCGUCCUGGCCACCGGGUUCAAGCGCGCCGUCCCGUUCAUCCACCACGCGCUUCGACCCACGCACAGGGGGCUGUACAAGGGAACGCUUCACCCGAGGCGUCCGCGCGUGGCGUAUGUUCUCUUCGUGAUGCCCUUCGGUUCGCACUUUCAAUGCGCCGAGCUUCAAGCGUCGUGGAUCGCGAAGGUGUGGUCCGGGAUAUGCCCCACGCCGUCGAUCGAGGACAUGGAGCGUCACGCGGACCCGUUCGACGUCGACGCGUCGCACGCCAAGCUCGGCGAGCAUUUCCGGAUGCGAUACCUCGUGCUGAUGUUCCGCGAGAUGUUUCCGCUGGUCGAGUGGGCGAGGGCGGGGCAGUGGGCAAGGGCGUGGCGGGCGCUCUGGGCGCGAUACGCGGACCCCAUAGGCGAGUGGGAUCCGGCGAGCGCGGAGGGAGGGGGGCGUGGAAACGAGGGGCACUACCUGCGCGCGAAGAUGGCGCCCAUCGUCUGGCGCAACAUCAAGUUCAUCUGA